CGGCGGCGACGGGGGCGGUGCGGCCCGACGCCCGGCCGGCGCCUUCCGCGUCAGGAGGGGCUGGUUAGGGCGAGAGACCAGAAAUAGCUGGAAUGCUAUCUUAAACCAAAAAUCUAUGUAAAUAAUUAUUUAAUGCUGCUUAAAUGAAGAAAUAUAUAUAAACCAUCCAAAACUCCACCUCACAACUAUCCCAUUGAGAUACUGGUUAAUAUGACGCUCAAUCCAAGUCGACCCUCUUCAUCAGAGUUGGUGGAACUUCAUGUGUUUUAUGUCCCUGAAGGAUCGUGGAACUAUAAAUUAAAUACUAUUUCAAUAGAAGUUAUUAACAAGUUUAUUUCUGCUGGAUUUAUAAGAGUAUCUCCUCAACUUACUUUACAAGCUCUGAGGGAGCGCCUUGGUGAGUUUCUUGGUGUAGAUGCUGUUGCAGAAAAAUUUUUAUUUCUGAAAUGCAUUGGAAAUAAUUUAGCUGUGGUGAAGGAAAAGCAAGAAUCAGAACUGAAACUCAAAUCAUUUGCUCCUCCAUAUGCUCUUCAACCAGAAUUAUAUUUGCUUCCUGUAAUAGAUCACUUAGGAAAUGUUUAUUCAGCAUCAACAGUUACUUUAGAUGAACAGCAGAGUAAUAAUGAUACUACGGAGAUUAAUGGAACAAUCCAUAGACCAGAUAGUGUAACUUUGUCAAAGGAUGAACCUGGAGAUCCAAGUUUGUCGGAAAAUACUUGGAAAGACUAUACAAAUCAGGAAGAAGGUGAGGAAAACCAGACUACACCAAAUCACUUUGGAAAUUCCAAGUUGCCAGGAUCAUUGGAAGAGUCAAGUGGGUAUUUGGGGAAACUAAAAAGUCCCUUUCUUUGGAAAGACGCUAAUAAUGAGGAGGAGGAAGAAGAGGAAGAGGCAGAUGGUGAUACAGCCAUCAAUAGAAUGCAGGCCAAACUGGUGGGUGAGAAGGAGCACAUGACCCUACCAGACCUUAUUGAUUUUCCUGCAUUUCCUUCUCCACGAGUCUCAAGAUUAACUGAUACCUCUUUAUUAAAAAUUGAGAGAGAGAAGAUUAUUGAACAAAUGAAACAAGUAAAAGAAGAAAGAAAAUAUCUGGAAAAUAUUAGAGAAGAACUAAUUAAGAAGGUUGAAAGCCUAUUUGAACAAAAUAAAUCGAAACGAUAUCAUGCCUGUGAUAGCUGGAAGAAAAAAUACCUUGACACCAAGAAAGUCACAGCAUCACUGGAGGAAGUUUUAACAAAACUUCGAGAAGAUUUGGAACUUUACUAUAAAAAACUGCUCAUGCAGCUUGAAGCCAGGGAGAUCAAGAUGCGACCAAGGAAUCUGGCAAACAUCUCAGAUUCUAAGAAUUAUCUUAUAAUCCAGAUUACUGAAGUACAGCAUGCAAUUGACCAACUUAAGAGAAAAUUGGAUACUGAUAAGAUGAAACUCAUAUUAGAAGUUAAGACGAGAAAACAAGCAGUUUCAAAUUUACAGACACUAAAAGCUGAACUGACACAGAAGAAAAUGGGCGCUUCUUUCCGAUCGCCAUCAUGGUUUCUCUGUAUAGCUUUGGCUGUUCUAAACUCCCUUUGUAGACCAGGCUGGCCUCAAACUUACAGCAUUCCACCUGCCUCAGAAGGAGUGCUGGGAUUAAAGUUUCUGGAAGUAUGCCAAUCUAGGCAUUCAACAGAUGAAUACGGUUUGUGAUAAAUGAGCCAGGUGAACAGGUAAUCGCAGUGCAGCAGGAAAGUGCUGCCUUGCUAGGUCUUAAUAACUGACUCUUAAAGGCUGUUGGAGGUGACUACCUUGAUGACUUCACACAGAACUAAGAACAAUGAAUUAGUCUCUGUUCGUAUAUUUACCUUCUACCCUGUACCACUGUCUCUCAAGAAACACAUGGGUUAUUAGAAAAUAAAUACAAGUAAAGGACCAGAUGCAGACAAAAGAACAAAUGGCGAAAAAUGUAUUGAAAGAAAAAUCCAGAAAUAUAAAGAAUAAUAAUUUACUGUUUUUAUAUGCAUUAAGAAACUGCUUAAACGCAAUUCUAGUAUUUUUGUCUGUGGUAGCACUCUUGGAAUUAUUUUCUUGAUUAGUCUACUUUGGAGAACAAGAGUAACUUAGUAGCCAGGCACUGGUGGCACCUUUAGCAUAAUUACCAACUAUUAAGGAAGUUCUCUUUGUGGUAUGCAUAUCUUAUAGAACUUUCCAAAGAGAAUUGACAAAGCAUAAUAAUUUCAUUGGUAAUGUAACUCAAUUGUUCCCCCAGCUCCCUCAGGGAACUAAAUUUCCUGAUUAUACAUAAUCAGAUUUAUGCACAAAAGCAGAAAAACUGGUAACUAGUUACUGUCAAAUAUCUAACCACAAAAUAUAGAGUUAUGGAAACUAAGAGGAUAAAUGUUCAUAAUUAGUGAAAAUUUACCUUGUA